AUGGAGACUCAAAAGGUUGUCCCCAAGAUGGAGGGGAUCGAGGUCGAGAAUGUAUCUGUUCCCGAGCUUGUUGCGCGUGCUCAGGCAAGUGAUAUAGCGGAUCGUCAGCUCACAGUCUGGCAAGCGGUGAAGAAGUACAGAAAAGCUGUUAUCUGGUCAAUGCUUCUUUCAAUGAGUCUGGUCAUGGAGGGCUAUGAUCUAGUGAUUAUCACUUCCUUCUAUGGCCAAACUCAAUUCAAGCAACGGUUCGGAGUCGUCAACCAGACCACUGGUCUAAAAACCAUUCCUGCAUCCUGGCAAUCGGGUCUUUCCAAUUCUUCAAUGGUUGGGCAACUUGCUGGUUUAAUCGUCAAUUCGUGGGCACAGGAUCGCUUCGGAUGUCGGCCGACUCUGAUGUUCUUCAUGGCCUGGAUGGCAGUUGCGAUUUUUAUUCCAGUGUUUUCUACAUCCCUCUCUGUGCUGGCUUUUGGUGAGGCAAUGUGUGGUAUCCCUUGGGGUGUCUUUCAAACUCUAAGCACCACAUACGCCUCCGAAGUUGUACCAACCAUCGUCCGUCCAUAUGUCACUGCUUGGGUAUGCAUGUGUUGGGGAGGAGGCAUCCUUCUUUCAGCUGGUGUCGUUCGUGCCGUGGCAAAUCUUGAGGGUGACCUCGGCUGGAGACUACCAUUCAUAAUCCAAUGGGUCUGGCCAGUUCCACUGUUCAUUUGUGCAUUCUUGGCACCUGAAUCGCCUUGGAAUGCAGUGCGAAGAGGCAAGACUGAGCUGGCACGUAAUUCCUUGCUUCGUCUUCGCGAGGAUACACCUGAGAAGGAACAGGAGGUGGAUAUGACACUCGCCUAUAUCAUGUAUACCACCGAGUUGGAAAGAGCCGAUACGGAGAAUGCGAGCUUCUUGGACUGUUUUCGAGGCACCAACUUGCGACGAACUGAAAUCAACUGCGUUGUUUGGGCUGCUCAACUUCUGUGUGGUAACACCCUGCUUGGUUAUGCUGUGGAGUUCCUUGAAGAUGCUGGAUUUAGUGAACUUCAGGCUUUCGACGUCAACAUUGCGCUAUCUUCGUGCUAUAUCAUCGGUGGCAUCAUCUGCUGGCUCAUGUUCCCCUACGUCGGUCGAGCCACACUUUACAUGGGCGGUAUGACACUUAUGUUCGUUUGCCUGAUGAUUAUCGGUGGCCUCGGUUUUGUGGAGAACAGUUCAAUGGCAGUUGGAAUCCUACUGGUCAUAUCUACCCUUAUCAAUAUGAUCACCAUAGGACCCUCCUGUUACCCCAUUGUUGCUGAGACUCCAUCUGGGCGAUUGCGAUAUAAAACGAUUACCAUCGGACGAUUCGUGUACAACUUAACAGGCAUUGUUCACAAUGUCAUUACCCCUAGGAUGGUUUCAUCAACUGCCUGGAACUGGGGAGCCAAAGCAGGAUUUUUCUAUGCUGGCACAAACUUGCUGUGCAACAUAUGGUGUUGGUUUAGACUUCCUGAAACGAAAGACCUUACCUUUGGCGAGAUCGAUUUGUUGUUCGAAAACAAGGUGCCAGCUAGGAAGUUCAAGACAACUGCAGUGGACCAAUUUGCAAAUGAUACCCUGGUUGGAGAGAAAAGCUAG